AGGACCGCUGAACAAUAACGAAAAAUUGAAUAAUAGAAGAAUAUAAAUAUAUUUAGAACUCGAAAAGGUGAAUAGAAGAUACUAAUUGAUAUAUAGUCGGCGAACUAUGGGAAAAGUAAGCUUAAUUUGGUUAAUUUUUUGGGUUUUCGUGUACGGCUUCGACAUAAUUUCAAGCGAGGAUAUAUCAUCGUUUCCAACUCGAGAGGAAGGGAUACGAACUGGAUUAUUUUCUAGCAUUCAAGGUUUUGCCAGACGUCAGAUAUUCAAGACCCUUCAAGUGGACAGCYHGAUAACGUGUACUUCUACAUGYCUAGAAGAUUCAAAGUGUCAGUCAGUCAACUACCAAAUAGAUGGCUAUCCCAAGCACCUUUGCGAGCUGAGCGAACGGAGAUUUCUAUCAAAAGAUGAGCUGGAUAUAAAAGAAAGGCUUGGUUACAUGCAUAUAUACGCAAUCAAGGAAUAUGUGGAUCCCCAUCCUUGUGGUAAAGCUACAUGUAAGAAUGGUGGAAGGUGUGUGCUGGAGGAGAACGCUCGUCAAUAUAGCUGUAUAUGUAAUUCGUUUAACAAAGGCAUUGACUGCAAUUUAUGGACAGUUAAUGUUAAAUCGUGUGCUGAUAUUUAUACUUCAACAAGCUAUCGUAAAAAUAUCCCAUACACGUAUACCAUUGGUGGAAAGGAGGUCGAUAUAUACUGUCAUUUGAAUGAUGAUCUUAUUUGUGGAGGUGGAGGAUGGACGCUGGCCAUGAAGAUCGAUGGCUCAAAGAACACAUUCGCUUAUGGCUCGGCCUUGUGGUCCAACAAGAAGGCGUAUGGACUAUCAGCAGGUAAAACCGGUUUUGACAAUCACGAGACCAAGAUGCCCAGCUACUGGGUUAUGCCUUUCCAGAGCUUGUGUGUUGGUAUGAAAGUCGGGAACAACUUGAACUGGGCUGUUAUCCCGUUUCCUAAAUGGCUGUCUCUGAUAGGUGGAUCAUCGUUACAAACCAGUUGUAAUACCGAGGGCUUUAGCGUUAAGCGAGCGAGGAUAGGAAUUCAAGGGGACGUGGAAUCAGACUGCCAGACGCCUGAUAGCUGGAUAGGAUUUGGUCUUCCGUACGAAUCAGGAAACACGUCAUGUGGCUUUGCAAAUAUCCAGAUAUUCAAGACCCUUCAAGUGGACAGCUCGAUAACGUGUACUUCUACAUGUCUAGAAGAUUCAAAGUGUCAGUCAGUCAACUACCAAAUAGAUGGCUAUCCCAAACACCUUUGCGAGCUGAGCGAARAGAUAUUUAUAUCAAAAGAUGAGCUGGAUAUAAAAGAAAGGCCUGGUUACAUGCAUAUAUACGCAAUCAAGGUGAAAUAUAUAAUCUCAAACUAUCUUAAAAACAUGGAUUACACCUUCUUGAUUGACGGGAAAUAUAUGAAGGUUUACUGUCACUUGUCUGACGAUAUAUGUGGAAGUAGUGGAUGGACGCUGGUCAUGAAGAUAGACGGCUCAAAGAAAGUCGGGAACAACUUGAACUGGGCUCUCAUUCCUUAUUCGGCUUCUUCCUUGUAUGACGUCAUUGCUAACAACACCUACAGCAAUUUUACUAUUGGUCGARAGAAAUGGCUGUCUCUGAUUGGUGGAUCAACGUUACAAAAUAAUUGCAAUGAAGAGGGGUUUAAUGGCGGCAAUCGUGUGAGGAUUGGCAUUCGAGCAAACCAAGAAUCAGACUGCCRUACAUCAGAUAGUUGGAUUGGAUUUGGUUUACCUUGGACAGGCAAAAUGUCGUGUGGUAACUUCUGUGGGCUAGGGAWAUGCGGCAAUGGAACUAAAAUAACCCCUGUAUUUGGUUACAUCCUCAUAAUGUGAACUACAACCGAUGUCUUUCGUUUUUUGUUUUGUUUUUUUUUUUAUUAUUAUUAUUAUUCUAUUUAUAAACUAAAAUAAAGCAGAUUAAUAUUUAGAGUACAAACACUAUUCUUCGAUUGCACGUUACGUCAUCGCGGCCAUGUUGGUGCSAUUUAACAAAAGAUUUCUCAUUAGCAUCCAUUGYGAACGGCACCACWAUGGCCGCCAUGCUUUYGUCUUUUGACUCUCUUGGGAAUGCUUGCAAUCCAUCAAUUAGAGUUCAACAUAAAUACCACUAAAUACUUCUAAAUUACGCUAAUCCUAUUGUUUUUUAUUGUUUAAUUAGCACUAUUUACUACUAAAUAGUGCAAAGUGUUGCGCAUUUUUUGUGUUUGUACUCUACUUAUCAUGAAGAUAGCUUUAGGCACUACAAUAACAUUUUUUUUUGUGUGCAAUUAUGAGGAUACAAACGAAAGUAUUAUAGUCAAAGUAGAUAAUUUGCAUCAAAACAAAUAUACUUGUCAUCCUAAAAGUAGCAGAGGCUAAUCUACUUUAAAACCUCUAUUCUUGAGACUUUGACAUCUGGCCGCUACAUAGAGGUUGGUCGCUUAAUACAGGUGUGGUUUUAAUACAUGCCACAAACGGUCUCUCAUUGGGACUGUAAUUGACAUCUGGUCGCUAA